AUGAUUCAGGCCUUGUCAGUUCUUGAGAGAGUUGCUUCAUCUGUCAGGAUUACUUACCUUGACCAUGCCGGUUCAGCACUUUUCCCAGAGAGUCUACUUAAAGCUUUUACUGAUGAUCUCAGAAACAAUGUUUAUGGCAACCCUCAUAGUCAGAAUAUCAGCAGCAAGCUGACAUAUGACACAAUCGAGCAUGUCCGAUACAGAAUAUUGCAAUACUUUCAUACUACUGCUGAAGAUUAUACCAUCAUUUUCACAUCUGGAUGCACAGCUGCACUUAAACUGGUAGCAGAAGCAUUCCCGUGGAUACCUGAAGGCACAAAGCAACCCAGCAGUCGAUUUUGUUACCUAACUGACAGCCACACAUCUGUGGUGGGUAUGAGGGGGAUAACUGCCUCAAUGAAUGUCUUGUCUGUUCCGAUAAAGCAAAAGGAAAUCUUGUUAUCAGAAAAAAACAGGUUACCAGCUGAAGAACAAAACUGCAUGACACCUCAUCUUUUCUCUUAUCCAGCUCAGAGCAAUUUUUCUGGUACCAAAUAUCCCCUUUCAUGGAUACAGGACAUAAAAUCUGGAAAACUCCGCCCCAUCAAAAUACCAGGGAAGUGGUUUGUUCUACUAGAUGCAGCUUCGUAUGUGAGCAGUUCUCCAUUAGACUUGGGAGUUCACCAGGCUGAUUUUAUUCCCAUCUCAUUCUAUAAAAUCUUUGGAUUCCCGACUGGUUUAGGAGCUUUAUUGGUAACCAACCGGAUUGCCCCCCUCUUGAGGAAAACCUAUUUCGGAGGUGGAACUGCAGCUGCCUACCUUGCAGGAGAGGAUUUUUAUUUCCCAAGGAAAUCUAUAGCAGAAAGGUUUGAAGACGGCACAGUCUCUUUUCUUGAUAUCAUUGCUCUGAAACAUGGAUUUGAUGUUCUGGAAAAACUCACAGGUGGAAUGGAGAAAAUAAAACAGCAUACCUUUGCAUUAGCUCACUACACCUAUACUGUGCUGUCUGCCUUAAAAUAUGCCAAUGGGGCUCCUGUAGUACGUAUUUACAGCGAUACAGAUUUCAGCAAUCCUGAUGUCCAAGGUCCAAUCAUUAAUUUUAACGUGCUUGAUGACAAUGGAGAGGUGAUUGGCUUUUCACAGGUGGACAAGAUGGCCAGUCUCUACAACAUACAUGUCCGCACAGGUUGCUUCUGUAAUACAGGAGCCUGCCAGAUGCAUUUGAAUAUAAGCAAUGGGGACAUCCAAAGGAACCUGCAGGCUGGCCAUGUCUGUGGAGAUGAUAUAGACCUAGUUGAUGGACGUCCCACUGGUUCUGUGAGAAUAUCCUUUGGCUACAUGUCUUCCUUUGAAGAUGCACAGACUUUUUUGAAAUUUAUCAUAGCCACCAGACUCUCCAAGUCGGACACCGAGAUUCCCUUCCAGUCCUCUGUUACAAAGCUGAUGACAGAGUCUGUCCCAGAUGACCACCCUUCCUUUAACAAUACAGAUAAAUUGUCUCUGAUACCACGCAUCUCAGACAGAGAACUCAGGAAUAAUUCGUCUGCGACAAAGACAACUGUCAGCUGGCAGCCACCGGAGGCUGAGGCAGAAAGCAUAAGGGCAGCUGUUUCUGAGACUGCAGUACCAACAUGUAGAAGAGGUGGCAAGCCCAUCGCUGUCACCAACAUUUACCUCUACCCAAUCAAAUCCUGCUCUGCAUUUGAGGUUACAGAAUGGCCAGUGGGAAACCAGGGUUUGCUGUAUGACCGUAACUGGAUGGUUGUAAACCAGAAUGGAGUCUGCGUGACUCAGAAGCAGGAGCCAAGGUUGUGUCUUGUAAAUCCCUCAAUUGAUCUGAAGAAAAAGGUUAUGGUCAUCCAGGCAGAAGGCAUGGACCCAAUAUCUGUAUCACUAGAAGAAGAUACAGGAAAAGAGGCUGUGAUCUGUGAGAGUAAAGUCUGUUCACACAGGGUAAAAACAUAUGACUGUGGAGAAAGAAUUGCUGACUGGUUUUCUUUGUUUCUUGGUCGUCCAUGUCGCUUGAUAAGACAAAGUUCAGACAUGAAAAACAGGUCAAAUCAGAAAAAUACAAAAGGUCUGGCAUCUGCUACAAACAUCUCUCUCUCUCUUGUGAAUGAAGCACAAUACCUCCUGAUAAAUGUAGCAAGCAUUCUGCAGCUGAAAGAAUAUAUUUCUGCAAGAUUAGACGAGCCAUUGGAAAUAGAGGAAUUAAUCCGACGUUUCCGUGCCAACAUUGUCAUCAGUGCACCAGAGUCCUUUGAAGAAGAAGAGUGGGCUGAGAUUUCAAUAGGUGCUCUGCAAUUCCAGGUUGUGGGUCCGUGUAGCAGAUGUCAAAUAAUCUGCAUUGAUCAGCAGUCUGGGGAACGAAACAAAGAAUUUCUGCAGUCUCUGUCUGCUGCCAGAGGUAGAAAGACAAACUUUGGCAUAUACCUGAUGAACCAGACCUCACGCUCAUCCUUUCCAGAUAUUUUAUCGGUUGGGUCUCAAGUACUUCCAGUGCUGAAGGAGAAUACAGAAAUUCAGCCCCCGACAUCCAGUGAAGAAAAAUACUCAGGAUAGAUUCUCUGGUGGAGAUGAGAUUUAUAUGCAACUCCAGGGAAAAGUCGGUAGUCAGUUAUUCAAAAAAAAGAAAAAGCUUCCACUCAUUUGCUUCUGAUUUAAGUCUUUUAAUUUUCUGUUUGCUGUAAAUGUUAUCAGAUGGCAGAACCCUUGAUAAUUACAGCUCACCUACAUGUUUUUGCUUGUGAUUAGGUUACAGCAGCCAUAACUCUAUUUUGCUCAAUUGCUUCAGGAUGCAACAGGUUUGAUCAAGUUUUACUGGUGGACGACUCCCAAAACAAGCCCAGCAUCGUUGUCAGAAACCCACAGCUCAGUGAAGGAAAGUAAACACAACAAUACACUACUUCCUUAUGUUGCUUUGUUAAAACCACAAUUGAGAGAGAGGAUGCAGAACGUAUUUUAGAAACGAUGUGGGUGGGAAGGGAACAGUGGGAGAGUGGCAUGAGAGGAGCAGUCCAUUCAGCUUUUCAAAAAUGAAACUGAAGGUGAUGUGUAGACAGUCUGAAAGCACCGGAGAAGAGGCAGCUGCUAUUAGGAAAUCUCUCUCUCCCUCUUCGGAAGCGGUGUGUGAGGAUGCCAAAAAGGCACAAAGCUCGGUGAAGAUUCAGUAUGCCGUUUGCAGAACACGUUCCCUGUGAAGCAAUUUCAUCCAUUUGUUCUCGACUUCUUUCUCUCGUUCCCAUUUGCUACAUUUCCAUCUGAUUUAUUUUAUGUGAUGACUUCCUACACACUUGUUUCCUUACGUAUUUGUGGAUGUUGACGCAUUUUUUCUAAUUAGAGAUUUUUCAACUAAUACAGUCAUGUUUUCUAUACAAAAUUUGUUUAUCCUCAGCGGUCUCUAACGGCCACUUAAGGGAACUCUUGAAAGUUUGGAUGCUUCUCCAUCCCGAACAGGUCAAAGUAUUCUUUUUUCUUACUCUUUGUGCAUUUCAUAAUGUCCUUCUUAGAAGGCUUUUGAGUUCUUUACUCUCCUAAAUAUGACUCAUGCGUUCUGAUUUCUGAGAGCAAAUGUCUGAAACCUAGGACUUAGUCUGAAAUAUCAAUUAUUGUGAAAAUUUAAAAAAUAAAGCAAGCCACACAGCAAAAAAACCACAUGGAAAGUCAAUGUAAUGCAAGACUGAACACAUCGAGGCCAGGUGGUUUAUGACCCCCAACAUGUGUCCAGCCAGCCACAGGACGAUUUCAUGCUUCCAGGAAGUCCUUCUGGAAGAGGAAAUUCUCCUACAUUGGCUGCUCUAUUGCCAUUUGGGCAAUUUUGACCCUGCUAAAAGCACCGUCAGAACUCUCAUCCAGCAUGAUUUAGGUCUUCCUUGAUGCAAUUUUGGCUCAAACUGUGUGAAAGUGCUUCUGGCUGAAGCAAUCCUUGAGUUGUUUGAGUAUAUCCCUGGAGGGGAGCAGGUGGCUUUGUGAAAGAAUUGGUCAAACAGUCGUUCUGAGAGGGGAGAGACUACUGCAGAGCAGCAUACAAUGGGAAAAGGGAAGCGCAUUGCGCAGUGUGUGAAUCAGAAUUCAAAGAUGGUCUUUUUUCUUUCUCUUCUUUCUCUUCUUUUUUUUUUUUUUUUUUUUUUUUCUUUGUUCUUUUGAAGAACUGGUUUUACUCACUUCAGCUGGAACAGACUCUUAGUAGUCUCUCAGCAGAGCUUUGUAAUGGAAAUAAGAAGAGACAUUAUCUGUUUCUUACAACCUGCCAUAAAAUACGUGGAAAGAGAGAGGUGUUUCAUAUGUAUGUAAACCGAGGAUCAGUUUUGAGAGUUGUACCUUCCACUUCAGAGCCCAAGCGCUGCUCCUUGAUGUCUGCUUUGAAAAGCAGGGGGUUUAUCUGUCUAAUAGUCAAUUAUGUGAUGUUGUAAUGAGCAGGAUUUUUGGAACCUUGAAAAGCAGUUUCCUGGUAUCUAAAUCUCUUAACUGUUUCACUCUUUGCCUUUCUGUUAUGCGGAACAUUGUUUUGUUGGAUAGAAAGCCAGCACAGCUCUGGCAAAUUUAAUAUGAAGAGACCUGCUGUAUGCUGACCUUCAGGUAAUCUCUGGUGCUUUGCUCUGUCCUCUUCACCUCACCAGUAUGUCAUUUGUUUAAAAUGGCACAGAAGUUAGAAAAGGAAAUUGAAAGCAAACCUCAGCAAGCUCUGUUUCACUUGUUAUUGGGCUUACUACAAAAUAAGUCACUUUUGUACGCAGUGGCUUGACAAAUACUGUUUGUGAAUAGCCUUAAUGCAAUGUAUGAUAACUAAGGAUGAGAGGAUUUGAACUUUAAAGAUCUCAAGCUUGGUCAUUUUGACCUAUUAUUUACAGGCAAUUACACUUUCUGCUGCGGCUUAGUAAUAUUAGAUCAAGAAUAAUUUUGUCAUUUUACAGGGGGAAAAAAAGAUCUUCUCUGAUGUAUGAACAUACUCAUUAGUAUAUUCUGUGCAUUUCCCAGAAGGAACAUCCUUGUGCUUCGGUGAUAGGAAAUGUCACAACGUUUCAGAUUGAUGGAAGAGACAUAAGGAAUCUUUCAUCUCAACCAAGGAUAGUAUUUCCCUUCUAGUAAAAGUGGAGUGUUCCCGCCAGUAUUGAUAUGUCUUCACAUCAAUGAAGACAAAUUCUCAGUGCCAAUACUCUGUGGAAAAUCUUGAAGUAGGAAGAAUCACUUUUAAAUGACAUGUGCUGUGAGUUUGUAGAAAGAACAUCCCUUCCAUAAUGUGAAAAAAAUUCAAAGAAAGAAGAAACUUAGCAUAAUGCAAACCCAGGUACUGCAGGAACGAAAAGGGCAUAAACACUUUGAAACACUGUAUAUAUUACAUAGAAAGAUCAUAUGUUCUAUAAGGGGUGACUUCUCAAUCUUCAGAGAAUAUAGAAAAAAGACCAUUUCAUAUGACUGCAGGCUCUUUCAUCUAAGUACUCGCAUUGCUGCAAAAUUAAAUCUUUGGACUAAUUGCAGAUAUAUGUUUACCUUAUAUGGAUAAGAAAUAUACUAUAUAUUUGAAAACUAAGUCUAUAUUUCCUUACAAUGAAUUUUUCAGACACAUUCCAUUUUCUGUGGGACUUACUCCUUCUCAAAUCUCUAGGCAAAAAUGGUGAUAUUACAAGCUCUAAUAACAGCCAGGAGGCUGAAAUCGCAGAACAGGAAUCAGCAUUUUUAGGAGAAGCCUCUGAACUCUGUGUUCUCUGAUAUGACUAGGCUAUUUCAGAUACAGUUUAUGAUUUAUAUACUUUCAAUGUCAUCCUUCAAAAUAUGGUCAAAAUUUUAGGUCAGCCUUCUGUCAACAUUAUACACAAAUCAAAAGGAAGGACUGCAUAAAAAACGUGAUUGUUCAUAAAUUGUAGAGAUUAUGCUAUGCGUUUCUUCUUCAGUCUGGUUUUUAACUUUCUUGGAAAUGAAACCAAUAAAAUACAUAUUGCGC